CUCCAUUGAACACACACUCUUUCACCUAAAUCAACUUGGUCACUCAGAUUGAGACAAGAGGUGAUUUGCUUGAUAUUUCUCUUUUCGCAUUAGUACUCUGCAAGCCUGUGAUUCAGAUCCAUCUCACGUGAUUGGCCAGUAAGGGGAUCUAUCAGCUUAACGUCCAGUGUGUUUCCCUUCUGCCAGAUUAGCUUGUUAGCGUGCUUACCCGUGCUGAAGAUAGCCCACAGAGUGAUUUCGUAAAGGAGGGAUAAUCCGGUAAAAUGUCCAAUCCCGAACCAUGGAAGACUGGCAACGAGUCCAGUGAUGCCAAUAGACCCGGCAUGUUGCCAAUUCAACAACAUCAAGGUGCCCCUGUUCUACCACCACCGUCAUCGUUACCACCUCCUUCAUCCAUGGAGUCAGGAAGCUAUUUCACACUGCCAUCCAUCAACGUUGCCGGUAUCAACAACUCAUCGCAUAACUUUAUGCUUAACCCAGCAAAUAAGCCGCCGCUGAGUUUUGGCUUCAAGACCGAGAAUAACACCAUGGCAUCUCCAACUCAGGAUGCCCAGCAGGGCGGUCCGUCACAAGUGUCGAAUCAACCUCAGCAGGCUCAGCAACAGCAGCCACAGGCUCAAGCUCAACAGGCUCAACAGGCUCAGCAAGCUCAACAAGCUCAACAGGUGCAACAAACUCAGCAACAGCAGCAGCAACCUCCACAACCUCAGGCUCAACUUCCAGGUCAGGCUCCAAAGCCUCACAGCAGUACCCCAACGCCAAUGACUGCUUACAGACCGUUGAAUGUCAAGGACGCGUUGUCUUACCUUGAUCAGGUGAAGGUUCAAUUCCAGCACAGACCGGAUGUCUACAACCAUUUCCUUGAUAUAAUGAAGGACUUUAAGAGCCAAAGCAUCGAUACACCGGGUGUUAUCGACAGAGUGGCAACUUUGUUCAGAGGCCAUCCUUCUCUGAUUCAAGGCUUCAACACUUUCUUGCCACCUGGCUACAGGGUUGAAUGUUCGCUUGACCCUUCUGAUCCAACGAUUAGGGUGACAACACCUAUGGGUACGACCACUCGCCUGGAGUCUAACGGCAACGGUUCUUAUGACCAAUGGAACGGACAAGGUCAGCCACCACAGGGACAGCAGCAACAACAACAACAACAACCUGCACCACCUGGUGCACAAGUUGAUCAAGGCUACAUGCCAUAUGGAGCACCAGAUCAACAGUCUUCAAUGUCUCAUCUGCAAGCAGCAGCCAACAGAGGAAAUGUUGGAGCGGAGCGUAAGUCUGGUGGCCCAGUGGAGUUCAACCAUGCCAUCAACUAUGUGAACAAGAUUAAAACCAGAUUUUCUCACCAACCUGAUAUCUACAAGCACUUCCUGGAGAUCCUGCAAACAUAUCAGAGAGAACAGAAGCCAAUUGCCGAAGUUUAUCAACAGGUUACCGUUCUUUUCCAAAAUGCACCUGACUUAUUGGAAGAUUUCAAGCAAUUCCUGCCUGAUACGAGUGGUGGUGCUCCUGGUGAUGUCCUGACUGGUCAACACCAGCCAGCAGAAUAUUACCAAACUCAACCCCCUACGCAACUACCACCAGUUGGUAACUUUUCACCACCAGUUGGAGGCCCAAAGAUGAAGAAACUGGAGGUGACACACGAACAAGUGAACCAUUAUGAUGCUUCUAAGAAUAGAGAGAUUCCAACAUCUCAUGUUAGAGGUGCAGUUAGUGGUUCCAAGCGUAAAGUCCACGAGGAUGUCUCUCCAACGUUGGUUCCUGGCGUUCCUGAACCUAUUCAACCACCAAACAAGACUUCCAAUCUUAUCGAAGAGAUCGGCUUCUUUGAUAAAGUUAAGAAAGCUAUUGGCAGCAAGCAGAGCUAUAACGAGUUUUUGAAGAUUCUGAACUUGUUCAACCAAGAUUUGAUUGACAAGAAGGUGUUGGUUGAAAGAAUUGAAGGCUUCAUUGGUUCUCACCAUGACCUGUUUGAUUGGUUCAAAACAUUUGUUGGCUUUGAUAAUGAACCACUCCAUAUUGAAAACAUUACCUUCAAGAAACACCAACUUGAUCUCACUUUGUGCAAACCAUAUGGUCCUUCUUACAGAAAGCUUCCAAAGGUGGAGACCUAUAUGCCAUGCUCCGGCCGUGAUGAAAUGUGCUGGGAAGUUUUAAAUGACGAGUGGGUGGGUCAUCCUACUUGGGCCUCAGAAGAUUCAGGAUUCAUUGCCCAUAGAAAGAAUCAGUACGAGGAAAUCCUCCACAAGAUUGAGGAAGAGAGACACGAGUAUGAUUUCUACAUGGAAUCCAACUUGAGAACAAUCCAAACCCUUGAAACCAUUGCCAACAGAAUUGCCAACAUGACUGCCGAAGAAAAGGAGACUUUCAAGUUACCUAGUGGUCUGGGUCAUACCUCUCAGACAAUCUACAGAAAGGUCAUCCGUAAGAUUUACGGAAAGGAAAAGGGCUUCGAAGUCAUCGAUGCUCUACACGACCACCCAAUAGCAGCAGUUCCUAUUGUAUUGAAAAGACUCAAACAAAAGGAUGAAGAAUGGAGAAGAGCCCAUCGUGAGUGGAACAAGGUGUGGAGAGAACUGGAACAGAAGGUCUUUUUCAAGUCCCUUGAUCAUUUAGGUCUAACCUUCAAGCAGGCCGACAAGAAGUUACUGACAACCAAGCAACUUGUCUCUGAGAUCUCCACCAUUAAGGUCGAGCAAACAACGAAGAGACUUCAUCCGCUCACACCAAAACCUCAAGCUCAGCUGAAUUAUGAGUUCUUGGAUAACGAUAUCCUUUACGAUAUUGGAAAGUUUGUGAAUGUGUUCUUGGCCACGAGCUCAUACUCAUCUAAUGACAAGGAGAGAUUAUUCGAGUUCUUCAAGUCAUUUUUAAUCCUUUGUUUCAGUUUAGACCCAGAAGAGGUUGAACAGUCUAUUAACAAGAGAUUGUCAGCACAAGCUGAAAAACCAGUUGUGGCUUCAUCGACGUCGGGGGAUGCUGUAUCAAACUCAUCAUCAAGCAGUGAUGCGUCUCCACCAGUGAAUGGCAGAAAACGUCACUUGGAAACAGAUUUGUUGAAAGAUGUGCUUCGGAAGUCCAAAAAGUCUCACAAGGAUGACACACCGGAAAGCUCCACAUCUCCUAGUCAGGAACCUGCCAUCCCGGAGGAUACAGAAGACGAGACAGUUGCUGAAGAUAUCAAUACCGGUGACUCAUGGGUUCAAAGCACAGAUGCUGACACUUCAAGUACCGAGAAUGACAAGAGAACCGUCUUCAACAUGUUCAGCAACACCAACAUUUAUGUCUUUUUCCGUCACUUGAGAGUUCUAUAUGAUAGAUUGAAUGAGGUGAAAGGUUUGAAUAAUGAAGUGACUGCUGACCUUGUGUCACGUUCUGAUGUUGGAUUUGCAAAAGAUUUGAACUUGAUCUCUAACCAACUUGAAGAAAUGGGUCUCCAGUUCACGAAGUCGGACGCUUACACUCAGUUGCUGAGCCUCUCGGAGAGACUGAUCGAUGGCGAAGUUGAACAUCAAUGGUUCGAAGAGUCUAUACGCCAAGCGUACAGAAACAGAGCUUACAAACUUAACAGUGUGGACAAGGUGGUACAGGCCCUGGUCAAACACCUUCACACUAUUAUGACUGAUCACCGUUCAUCAGAAAUCUUGAUGUUGUUUGAAAAAGAUCGCAAGGCUCCUACCACCAAUGCCAAGGAUCAGAUAAUCUAUCGUAACGCUGUCAGAUCUCAAAUGAAUCCUGAUGAUAACAUGUUCAGAAUCCAGUUUGACGUACAGAAUCACAAGGUUUCCAUUGAGUACGUUGCCUUGGAUGACUUGACUUUGAAAGAUCAAAACACUGAUGAGCAGAAAUGGAACUAUUAUCUGACGUCCUAUUGUAUCGCACAACCAACAGAAGGUGUCAAUGUUAGUGAAAUUAGACUUCCCUUUAUCAAGUCUCAUGCCCUUGAAGAUGGUGAGGAAGGGGAUCUUGAGGGUUAUACUGAUUCUCAACUGAAGAUUAAAGUCGCCCGUGAUACGUAUAAGCUCUUCUUUGAACCCAAGUCUCAUGAUGAGUUUACGAGAUAUUCAACUUAUAAUACUCUCACUACGAAAAACACUAAAAAAGACAACAAGUUUGGCAAAGUUCUGCAAAGAAAAGCCAAGGAAGUUUACCAGGAUGAUGAUGCGAUUCAAAAUAUGGGUGCUUCAUUGAAGAUCUUGAAAGAAGAUCCAAAGAAAUUCUUGGAGGCUAUGGAACAGAAAGCCAGAGAUUCAGAGAAGCAAAUUGAUGAGGACCAGACCAUCGAAAAGGCUGAUGAGACUAUCCCUGAAGUCACUGUAACGAAGAAGACCAAUCCUGCUAUUUCUUCGGUAUUGGAUCAAGAUGUGACUGUCGAUGCUGACUCAACCAUUCCACAGGAUGAUUCCAUGAGAGCCAAUGACUCCACUGCUGAUGAAGCUGCCAUUGCUGAUGAAUCAAAUAACGCUACAGCCAUCACUGAACACGCCAAGGCAACUACUGAUACUCUCCCUAGUACCGAGACAGACAAAGACGGCGGCGAUCAUAAGGUUGAAUAAAUCCUGUAUAUCGUAUACUAGUAUUAUAUUUGAUUGAUGUUAUUCUAUUGAUACUUUUGAAUUAUAGCUAAACUUCAUAGCUCAGAGUCCAUAUCGACACCGAAAUCAGCCAGUGACUCACCGUACCUAUUUUCCCAUUGACUUCUGACAGCUCCAGUCUUUCUUCUCCUUAUGACUCUUUCGUUCUCAUCGAAGAAUUGAUCUGAUUGCUGAUCAAUUGUUGCAUCCGAGUCUUUAUCUUGGUGCCAUCCAUCAGGAGGCCAAGGCAUAGAGCUCAGGUCAUCCUCUGGUUCAACAUAUUCGUUUACUGGGAAGGUUAAGCCAUCGCCAAUUGGCCCUGCGAAUGGGAGGAUCCAUUUGUACGGAUGACCAAAGGCAUGAAUCAAGUUGCUCCAAGGCCCCAAG